CUCAUUUAUUUUGGUCACACUUCUUGAAUGCAGACAAAACCUCAUUUUUAUUUGUACCAUACAGUCCUUUUGUAUAUCUUAAGGAUUCCAUGAAUCUCUGCUGUAAACCAUAUUAGUUCAUUGUAAGAAUCUGAGCUUUUAAUACAAGUUACUGUCAGAUUGUUGUGUUCUUCCCAGAAGUCUGCAGCUGUGUUCUUUUCUCCAAUCAUCUUCUUCAACAAUUGGUGGGACUGAAGAUGUAUGUGGUAGAGAGUAAAACAGGAGCUAUACUGUGCAUGCUUCUCUCUCUAAUCUUCUUAGGGACAUGGCCUGCUGUUUUGGCUUACCUUGAAAGGCGUGGCCGCCUUCCUCAACAUACUUAUCUUGAUUAUGCUCUUACUAAUCUCCUAGCUGCCGUGUUUAUAGCACUCACAUUAGGUGAGAUUGGAGAGACCAAACCAGGCAUGCCAAAUUUCUUAACUCAACUCUUUCAGGUUCAAGAGAAUUGGCCUUCGGCGUUGUUUGCAAUGGCUGGAGGAGUUGCUCUUAGUGUAGGGAAUCUAUCUAUACAGUAUGCUAUGGCUUUAGCUGGGUUAUCAGUUGUUGAGGUUGUAAGUGCUAGCAUUACCGUUGUCAUAGGAACCACAGUAAACUAUUUCCUGGAUGACAGAAUAAAUAAGGCAGAAAUCCUUUUCCCUGGAGUAGGUUGUUUUCUGAUUGCAGUGUUCGUGGGCUCGGCUGUUCACAAAUCUAAUGAUGCUGAUAAUACUGCAAAACUCAAAAAUUUGGAAAGUAAACUAGAAGAACAGGAAAGACUAGUGACGCCACCAAAACCGACUUUUGACAGGAAAUCCGAUAUUUCAGCCUCAGAUGGAACAUCUGCUCAUAAAGUUUCUAUCGACCUUGAAAAGACAAAUGAACCUACAAAGGAGCCGGAGUUUGGAACUGCAAAGUUCCUCAUUCAGCUUGAGGAAAAAAGAUCCAUAAAGGUGUUUGGCAGGAGUAUUUGGAUCGGUUUAGCAAUAACAUUUUUUGCUGGAAUUUGUUACUCCUUUUUUUCUCCACUAUUCAAUAUAGCAACCAAUGACCAGUUUCACCGUUUGAGGAAAGGAGUGCCUCAUUUGGUUGUUUAUACCGCUUUCUUCUACUUUUCCAUCUCCUCUUUUGCAAUUGCACUCAUCUUGAAUGUCACCUUCCUAUUUCACCCUAUUUUGGGAUUGCCAAAGUCAUCAUUUGAUGCCUACUUUAAGGACUGGAAUGGUCGAGGAUGGGCCCUUUUGGCUGGCUUACUCUGUGGAUUUGGAAAUGGUCUUCAGUUUAUGGGAGGUCAGGCUGCAGGAUAUGCUGCAGCUGAUGCUGUUCAGGCACUUCCAUUGGUGAGCACCUUUUGGGGAGUAGUUGCUUUUGGAGAAUACAGGAAAUCAACAAGAAAAACAUACACACUACUUGAGGAAGGAAGCCCAAUAAUAAGAGUGAUAGAGAAGAUAACAAAGAGGAUUUUGUCAAGUGGUUUAGAAAUGUUUGUGGUUGAAAGCAAAGGAGGAGCAAUAGUAUGUAUGCUCAUGUCUUUGCUGUUCUUGGGUACAUGGCCUGCUGUGUUAGCCUUCCUCGAAAGGCGUGGCCGUCUUCCUCAACACUCUUAUCUUGAUUACUCCAUUACCAAUCUCUUGGCUGCUGUUAUCAUUGCUCUUACUCUUGGUCAAAUGGGAGAUGCUAAACCUGGCAUGCCUAAUUUCAUCACCCAACUUUAUCAGGAUAACUGGGCCUCAGUGUUAUUCGCAAUGGCAGGUGGAGUAGUCCUCUCUAUCGGGAACCUAUCCACACAAUAUGCUUGGGCACUAGUAGGUUUAUCAGUAGUAGAGGUGGUCUCUGCUAGCAUUACUGUUGUAAUAGGCACCACAUUGAACUAUUUCCUGGAUGACAAAAUUAACAAGGCUGACAUCCUUUUCCCUGGUGUCGCGUGUUUUCUUGUUGCUGUCAUUUUGGGUUCACUUGUUCACUCAUCUAAUGCGUCUGACAACAAGAAAAAACUCGGUGAUCUGCCAACUGGUUCUGAAGACAAGGCAGAUAAAAAAUCAGCUACGAUGGAUCCUGAAAACGGUGAAAUGACCAAGGUAGAAGGGGCACAGUUCGGGACUGCAGAAUUCCUCAUCGAACUUGAGAAUAAGAGAUCCAUAAAGGUGUUUGAUAGGAGCAUUUGGCUUGGACUUGCUAUAACUUUCUUUUCCGGGAUCUGCUUCUCUCUCUUCUCACCGUUCUUCAACCUAGCAACAAACGAUCAAUUCCACCUCCUAGAGAAAGGGGUUCCUCAUUUGGUGGUUUACACUGCUUUCUUCUACUUCUCAGUGUGUUGUUUCGUGGUUGCAAUUGUUUUGAACAUCAUAUUCCUAUACCGUCCUAUUUUGAACUUGCCAAAGUCAUCAUUUAAGGCCUACUUAGCAGACUCGAAAGGAAGAGGAUGGGCCUUACUUGCAGGUUUACUUUGUGGUUUUGGGAAUGGCCUUCAGUUCAUGGGAGGUCAGGCUGCUGGUUAUGCUGCAGCUGAUGCUGUUCAGGCACUUCCUCUAGUGAGCACAUUUUGGGCCAUACUGUUAUUUGGAGAGUACAGAAAAUCAUCAAGACGAACAUAUAUAUUAUUAGUUAGCAUGUUGCUGAUGUUCAUUGUAGCUGUUGGUGUCCUCAUGGCAUCUGCAGGACACAGGAAAUGAUUUAGCUUCAAAGAAAUGUAAAUAUUAUUAGUAGGCCUUUCCCAAUGCAAAAGUGCAGAUUUUAUGUUUCGCGAUCUCUGAAAUAUAUUGUGGUAAUAAAAACUUCACUUUCCUUAACA